AUGCAGAAAGAAUUGAAUGUAGUGAAGGCCAUCAAGAAAAGGCAUUCGAUUCAAUCGACAGAUAGAGAUAUGAUGUUCGCAAUCCUACGACACUACGGCAUUCCAGUAGAAAUCGUGGUUGCAAUUCGAAUACUCUACGAUUCGUCAACUAAUAGAUUAAUUGUGGGCGGAGAACAAUCAAAGAGGCAGAAGACGACUUUGGUUAUAUCACUCAUAGAGCUAGCAAAACAUAGGCCACAUCAACCAGGGCCAAACUCAACCUCAAUUCAUCAAAAACUGUGUGAUCUCGACUUUGCAAACGAUUAUAGGAUUACUAAAAAAUGA